GUCUUCAGAAAUUCUUCUGUUCUCUAACACGCAAAAAAGUUUGCAGACGGGAGCAGCAACAACAGAAGCUCCUCCCUUCCAGCACAUCUGGAAUUUUGUCAGAGAGGAGAGGCACAUACCAGCACUCAGGCUGACUAACGAGUCACUGGAACAAUCAGAACUAAGUAACACAACUCAGGUUGGUAAGGGAAUCUAUCCUUCACUCACAGCCUAAAAGCGCAUCUGGCUUGGGACUGGUGGUUUCCUGAAAACACCCCAUCGCUGCUACUCUGAUCUGGGAGUCAAACCUCAUCACUGAAGUCAUUACCGCUGACUGACAGCACCGCUACAAACUGCAGGAUGCCAUUAGGAGGAGGAAACAAGUGUGGCCGCUGUUCGAAGACCGUUUACUUUGCAGAAGAGGUACUCUGUGAUGGGCGGAGCUUCCACAAGUCCUGCUUCCUGUGCCUGGUGUGUACGAAGAACUUGGACAGCACAACUGUUGCUGUUCAUAUGGAUGAGAUCUACUGCAAGGCAUGCUAUGGCAAGAAAUACGGGCCAAAAGGCUACGGUUAUGGUCAGGGAGCUGGGACCCUCAGCAUGGACAAAGGCGAGGCUCUGGGUAUCACACAUAAAGAAGCUGCUCCUCACCGUCCAACUACCAACCCAAACCCAUCUAAGCUAGCUCAGAAGUUUGGAGGAUCAGAUAGGUGUCCUCGCUGUGGCAAGGCUGUGUACGCUGCAGAGAAAGUGAUUGGAGCUGGGAGUUCAUGGCAUAAGAUCGGAUGUUUCACUUGUGCCAUAUGUGGGAAGAGCCUUGAGUCAACCACACUAGCUGACAAGGAUGGAGAAAUCUACUGCAAAGGCUGUUAUGGCAAAAAGUUUGGUCCCAAGGGAUGUGGGUAUGGACAGGGAGCUGGGGCGCUGGCACACACCCAGUAGAGGCUUUCACUGGGUCUUCGAUGACAAGUUUCCAGGUUACUGCACUGCUGUCUUCUUCCUGCACAGGACAGGUCGCUACAGGCUGCUACACCCGGCAGACACGCGCUUGAGAGAAAGCUGAAUUUAUAUGAAGUGUACUGGCGAAAACAAAACACAAACACACUCCUUUAGGCCAAAGGGAGUUGCUGCAGUCAAUCUGGAUACAUACACAUCACAAAAUAAUAAAAGUAUUACCUAAUCUUUUAAAGCUGCAUUGGCGAUUUUCAUCCACUUAUUGUAAGGUGGCUUUGUUCUCUGCAAAUACAGUCCCAGCAUCACAAGUUACACAACUGUCUCUAUAGCACAGUAAAUGCUCAUUGUUUUUUGUAUGGCAUGCUUUUCAAACAGCAUGAUUGUAGCCUAAUAAAAAGUGGGGAAAAAAUGG